AUGUGGCUGGACGAUGUGGAGGCUGGCGAUUACGCGCGAUUUGACAUCGUCGCCCAAGCCCCCGCCGUGCCCAAGGCGGCCGUUUGCUCUGGCUCUGGGCAUGGGUCCGCGCUUGCCGCGCGGACGAGUGGAGCCCGCGAGGCCGCCUUUCAGCUGCUAGAGUUGCGCGGGGAUGCCGAUCGGGGGGCCGCCCAGGCGGCUUUCAGACGGCCGGCGCAUCGCCACCGCACCGAUCAGCACACCGCAUCGCUUCCCGAGGCCGCAGUGCGGCGCGCCAAGCCAGGCGCGCUCGUGGAGCCGAGGCGCCCAGGGCCGCCCCCACUUCGCGCUGCGUCCCCGAUCGCUUCCGAGCUGUCGCAGGUCAUCAGCCCCAAGAGCCGCCCUACUGCCGUGCCGCUCCGGGGCGUGUCGGCCACCGCGGCGCCGCCCGAGGGCGCGGCCCGUUUUGCGGCGAGACCGCCGCUCGCGCGAGAUGCGGGAGGCGGUCCCGUCCCCGCCCUUGCGGCCGAGGCGCCGCCCCCCAAGGCCCUUGCGGUCGCCGCCGCGCCGCCCGGGCCCUCGCUCGAGGGCCUUGGCCAGGCACCCACUCGUGCGCAUCGUUCGGUUGGCCCGGGCCAGCCCCGCCAGGCUGGUUCGACUACGCAGGGUUCGGCGCGCACCGCCGAAAACGCUACGUGGAAGUCGCGGGCAGAUCUCAGCCGCCCUCGCCGGCGGCGCUCCGAGGGUUCGGGCGCGAAGCCGAUCGGCCUCGAUCCCGAGGCCGCGCUGCGCGGCCCCAUUCCGUGCGAGGCGCGCUGGAAUGGCGGGGCGGGGUCUCGAGCCUUCGACGAGCGCGCGGUCGCUCGCUCCUGGAUUUGCACGCGCCUCUCCCCAGGUCCGACCCAGCUCCCACCGAGGCUCCCGUUCUGGCCGGCAGCGGGGACGCCGCUGAUCCUGCAGCUUACGGCCCGGGCAGCGUGGUUCAUCCCUCUUGGCAGCGCCGAGGCCGGCCCGAGCCUCUUGGCGGCUGCGCGCUCCGCCGCUGACGAGGCCGUCAGCACAAUCGCCGUGGUCAGCGCUGCGAGGGCGCGGGAUGCCGCCGCGCUCCUGAACCAGCACUGGCUCGAUGCCGAGGCGGGGCCUGCGACAGGCGAGAGGGCGGCUGCCCUCCGCGCGGCCGCCGACUCGGCUCGGGCGAUUGCCCGGCUCUCAGGCGAGCGCCAGCGCUGCGCUGGGGCUACCUCGGACGGGACGCGCGUGGCAUCCACGCCCACGGGGGCACGACCUGUGCCCUCCGACCCGUCGGAGGCCCGGGACGGCCACCACUCCCGAGCUGCCAAGGUGCGCGGAGACGCCAUUGCAGACGUCCCAGGGCCAGUGGACGGUGGCGACCGGCCACAACGAGACAAGGCCGGCCCUUGGCGGCGCGUCCCGAUCCCAAGAGCCGACGCGGCAGACAUCCCAGGGCCAGUGAACGGUGGCGACUGGCCACGGCGAGAAGAAGCCGGGCUCCUGGUGGUGCCGCUGCCUCGAGCAAGCCCGCGCGAGGCCGCGAAGAAGUUGUCCAACGUGGUGGUCGGCAACGGUCGGCCAGAGGACCCGCCUGGCGCGGGCGGCGGGGUGUCAGAGGUUCCUAGGUGUGCCAAGCUUCAGCGGCAGCGGCAGCUUGAGCGGAAGAUUGUGGAGAAGCACGCAGACGACUACGAGUUUGGUGACAUCACGAAAAGUAUAGGGCAGGCUCUUUUCGGGAACAAGCAGACCAAGAAAGACAAGUGA